AUGUCUAUCGCACCGAAAGCAGAGCAAGACAGGAAUCAAGAAGCGACCGUUUAUCUGGGUAACCUCGAUGAGAAAUGUACAGAUGCUUUGAUAUGGGAACUCAUGCUGUCCACAAAUGUCUUCCUUCCCAAAGAUCGUAUUUCGAUGAAUCAUCAAGGAUUCGGUUUCUGCGAAUUCCUCACUGAAGAAGAUUCAGAGUACGCCGUUAAGAUAAUGAACCAAAUCAAAUUAUAUGGCAAACCGAUCAGAGUAAACAAAGCUUCGUACGACAAGAAACAACUGGAUAUAGGGGCGAAUUUGUUUAUUGGGAAUUUGGAUUUGAAUGUGGAUGAGAAUGCUUUGUAUGAUACUUUUGCGACUUUUGGUAGUAUUGCGGAACAUCCAAAGAUAUCACGAGAUCCUACUACUGGUCAAAGUAAAGGAUAUGGUUUCGUUUCAUACCACGACUUUGACGCAGCGGAUAUGGCUAUCGAAAAUAUGAACGGACAAUUCUUUGGUGGUCAACAGAUCACAGUUCAAUAUGCUUUCAAGAAAGAUGGUAAAGGGGAGAGACAUGGAUCUGCGGCUGAACGUUUACUGGCAGCUCAAGCGAAGAAACACGCAAUCAUACCCGGUGGUCCAGGUUCAGGUCCAGGUUUUGCCUACCAAGGACAAUUCGCAGGUGCUCUUGCUCAAACCCCUGCUGUCCCAGCUGUUCAAACUCCCGUUCCUGCACCACCCGUCGCACCCGUACCACCUGUCAUACCGACUUACGCACCACAAGUCGGUAUACCUCCACCUCCACAAGGUGUUCCAGUAUAUCAACCUACUCCUCAAGCUUAUCCUCCUCCUCCACCUGGAUUCCCACAAUCUCAAAUUAAUGGAUAUCCUCAAUAUCCUCCUCCGCCACCAGGGUUCCCCGUUGCGAACGGUGUAUAUCCACAGACAUACGAUCCCUCACAACCUCCUGUUCCACCUCCUCCUCUCAGAUUAGGUUUCGACGCUCCAAAAUCAUAACAAUAGUCAUCACGAAUGGCGAGAGAUCAUGAAAUGGUAUGAUGGGAUGCAUAGGAUGAUUUU